GCCAUCGACGUGGCUGAUUCGUGUCAAAACAAAAUAAACCAGCUGUCGUCCCUCUAUGUGUCGUCCUGGUAGAUAUGAAGUGGCUGCCUGACUGACUCCCUUUUGUAGUUAUAUUGGAUUUUUUGUUGUUCUGCCAUUUCAUAGCCAUUUACCUCACUCAAUAAAUCGGGCGCCGUAUCAUCUAUCCGUCAAAGCCAAAUAUGGCAGAGGAGCCGUGUGACCCCUGUGCAUGCUACUGCUCUCACCAACAUGCCAUGAGGAGAUUGAUCAACCUGCUGCGGCAGUCCCAGUCCUAUUGUACAGACACAGAGUGCCUACAGGAGGUCCCUGGUCCCAGCUCCUCAGCUGGUGAUGAUUUCACUGUGCCGAUGAUCAUUAUGGGCUGGAUGGUGUUGGCAGUGAUCCUCUUCCUCCUCCGCCCCCGGAGUAUGAGGGGUGGGCCCUCAGCCAAACCACGUGGCCCCCGCCAUACUGAGAACAGGGACCCACCUGCCCCUCCUGUGGAUUAAUCACUAUGGUGACAGGAAUUCUACCACUGGCCAAGGACCUGAGCUGUGUGACCUCUGACUUCGAGCAGUCAUCAGUCCCUCUAUAACAGUUAGCUUUGUGACCUUUAAUAACAUUUCUUCCACUCUACUGUGGCUUCAUAUUAUCCUCUGCAGCUCUAAGGGUGACAGCGUUUUUUUAGACUAUCUACUGUGUGUGUGUGUGUGAGAGAGAGAGAGAGAGGG